GGGUGAUCUAGAACGCGAGGGGUGGCGAGUUACUGAGAUUGAAAUAAACGAGGGCACGACGUAGGUCUAGACAAACCGCAUUUAGUGACGAGAUAUGCACGUAUCAUUCGUUUUCUUGUUUUUGCACUUGAUGACUUAAAUUUAGGGCUACUUACUUAUUGUUAUUUCCAUUGCAUUUGACAUUGAGACACACCCCCAACAUAAAUCUAAAUCAUGCGUGGCCACGACAAGAAAGCGAUAAAAUCCAGCCGGUCCGCCCGGCGCGGCUUGACCCGACACGCGAAUCGGAACAACUUCGCGCUUCUUGGCGUCGUCACAUCGUUUUCUUCCGCGGUGUACGACUACGCCAUGACGAUCAUCACGCUGGCGGAGGCGCGUGAACAAGUGCAGAUGUUGGUACUCCCUAUACGCAGUUACGUAUGCUCUUACUUAUUGUAGGCAGCCAAUUAUAUUUAUUAAAAUUUUUGUGCAUCAACAGCAUGCCAUCAUCAGAGAACCUGUCGAUGUGUGGCACUCACACGUGCUUGCUAAAGUUUUCCUUCACGGACGAGUUUGUUCCACCACGUCGAUGGUCUACGAUAUGCUUUCUUUCAUUUCCAUUGAGGUCGAAAACCAAGCUGCAGCCGCGACGAAUAUUACGACGGUACCCCCCCCCCCCGGCGAUGGACACCGUGCUCUUCAGAAUGAACGUACUAUGGGAGAACCACGUGGCAGCGAACCAUUUAAAGGUAUAGCGAUGCUUUGUUUUGCAGGCAGCUGCGUUUUUGGUGCUGCUAUGCAACUUGUUCUGGCAGGCAUGACUUGUUAUGAUCCUUGAUAAAGAAGAAGUUGUCGCAUAAGUACAAGAAUAAAACACUCACAACUCCUCAGGCCCAACGCGUGCUGUUGCUGAAGCAACUGUCCUUCGCCGGCCUGUCCCCGUACGCGGUCAACCAGGGGAUGAAAUCGUACCAGGAAACGGGGUAUGCAUUGCAAAUAUGUCUGGGUCUGGAAGAUUGCCAAAUUUGUUAUGCGUGUCUGACAUGAGAUUGAGAUCAUGACUCGGACCUCUGUCAUGCGUAGGUGCAAAAAGAUCGUUUUGUCUGUCAUGCAAAAGCGCAGUCUGCCAUGCAGAAUACGCGACACAUAGCACCUCAAAAACUUGUCAUGCUUGGCCACGUAUGACAGCGCGCCCUGUAUUCCCUGGUUUGCAUCACAAGUCUCCAGACCCAGACAUAUUUGCAGUUGAUACGGGUAGUUGGGCUGCUUUUCAAAAAAUGUACGAGUCGGGGAUGCUGGCCGCGUUUGAGAAGUGCGACUGUAACGGCAGCGGGGUGUUGGAACGAGCGGAGGGAGGAAAUACCUGUCCGGCGGAGGCGGAUUUGAAUCAGGACGGGAGGUUUAGUGUUAUCGAGCUCCACGAUUACUUGAUCCCGUCCGUGGACGAAAAACAGGUCGGUGAUUAUGACGAGGAGGGUGUUACUAGCAGUACUACAACCGGGAGUCCGUCGCCCUCCACUACACCUGCUUCUGCGUUGCAAACGCGCGAAAGCAUGGCGAUCAGGAUUUUCGACAGGUUGCGGUCGUGUCUCUGUCCUUCUCGAACAGGCAUUGACGCGAAUGAGAUCGUGGAGCAGCCGGUGCACGAACAAGGAUACGAUGUUGAGCAGCAAGUGCAAGAAGCAUCUGGCAGGUACACCCCGGAAUCCCAGAGCCGCAUGAGGGGAACCCCCAUGAUGAGGCGGCUAAACCAGAACGGCCCGGACUCCAUCGUUCUCAAUUAUCCACCUUCUGAAAACCCAGAGGAGGACCCAGUGUGGGGCGUCAUCCGGGAGAGGAGGAGGGUCCAGCCGCAGCUAAGAUCUGCGAGACAAGCGCUACAAGAGAUGGAUGCAAGGCGGGCGAGAGAGACAGAAGUUGCAAGGCGGGCGAAUAAAGACGAAAAAGAAGCUGAAUGAGAAUGGUAAAGAGGUCAUCUUGGCCAAGGAUGGGUCUUUCGGUUUGGUGGACUUUAAAAGAAAAAGAGGCGAAAGCGUUCACCUUCCUUGCCUGAAAACAAAAUCCAAACGCAACAUGUAAAGAGGUACUGUACAAAAACCAAGAAGAAGAGCAAUGAGAAUGAUGUCAAUGUUAGAAGAAAAGCAAGAAUGCUAGAGGUUGAAAGGAUCCGAUUUCUGACGCAUGC